GUUAAAAUGUAAAUAAACUUAAUUAUAGGGUGCCACUUGUUAAUUACCACGUAUCCCAUUUUCCCUCAAAAUGUUUUCCUCCAUUUUCACCUCCAAAUUUUGAAUAUGGACUGGUUGCUUCGAUCUCUUACCAGUAUGGCUGCACCAUUUCAACGGUCUGCGAGUUUAGCUGGUGCUUUGCAAUUGGGGAUUUUUUUGUUGUUCCUGUCAUCAAUUGCCGUCGGAGAUGACGUUUCUCCAGCUGCCCCCGACGAAGAAUCCGCUGCCUGCGGUAACGACUUCCGAUUGGUUAAGGUCAAAAGGUGGGUAGAUGGUGUGGAGAAGGAGGCAAUAGGUGGAUUAACUGCCGAUUUUGGGUCUGUGUUACCUGCUCAUGCUGAAGAAGGCCACCGUUUCUUGGCCGUUUUUGCAGAUCCUUUAAAUGGCUGUUCACUCUCGUCUUCUAAUGUAUCAGGCUCUAUUGCACUGACAGUACGUGGUGAUUGCAUCUUUACAACUAAGGCUAAAGUUGCUCAAGCUGGGGAAGCAGCAGCACUGAUAGUGAUAAAUGAUGAGGAAGGUCUUGUGCAGAUGAGUUGUGGGAAUGAUACUACUUUAAAUAUCACGAUUCCUGUUAUUACAAUCUCUAAGUCAGGAGGAGAGGAACUAAAGAAAUCCAUGGCUAAUGGUGGAAAAGGUAUUUCAAAGUUUAAUUGUAUUGAUAAUUUUUGUGGAUGUCAGGGUAUAUGUAUGAUGAUAACUGUCUUACAAUUGGCUCAAUUGCCAAACAUAAAGGUUGCUACAGUACUUUUGUGUUGUGCGUUCGUGUACGAUAUCUUUUGGGUUUUCCUAUCUCCAUUUAUAUUCCAGGACAGUGUUAUGAUCGCAGUUGCUGAAGGUGAUAAAAGCGGUGGAGAAUCGAUCCCCAUGCUUCUGAGAGUUCCUCGACUUGCUGACCCAUAUUAUGGCUAUAACAUGAUUGGCUUUGGGGACAUUCUAUUCCCCGGCCUGUUAGUUUCCUUUGCUUUUAGAUUUGACAAAGCUAAUAAGAAAGGGAUCUUAAAUGGAUACUUCCUGUGGUUGUCAAUCGGCUAUGGAGUUGGCCUAUUGUUUACAUACUUAGCGUUGUAUUUGAUGGACGGGCAUGGCCAACCAGCUCUUCUGUACCUAGUUCCAUGUACACUAGGAACUUGUGUCUUGUUGGGAUGGAUAAGAGGCGAGAUCAAACACCUUUGGAACUACGACACAGAUGAUACCAGAGAAUCAGAUGAACAACUUGUGCCUGGAGAAGAAGCUUAAUGGACCAGACAUCUGUUACUACACGGUCCGAAUUGACCCUAAUAUCCCUGACUCGAGCAUUCUUCCUUGAUUUGCUGUAUAGUUAAAAAGGUGUAUAUAUUUGUCAAGUCUCACUGGCUAGUCGACAACUACUUAGGUUGAAUUGUUUUAAUUGUAUACGCACUUGAAUAUUUCCCUUGUUGAUAUGAAGUUUUCUUACACUCCA